AUGUCAGAUACUGAUAGCAGGCAACUGUUGGUCGAUGUGCCGCAUGAUCAGCACGAGUUGCAGCUAGUUUCGGUUGGCCAGGGCAGCGGGACGGGCAGUGUGGAUACAACACCGAAGCUGUCCAAGCGCAACAGCUCGGAGCGGAGUCUGCCGCUGCGCAGCUACAGUAAAUGGUCGCCCACGGAGCAGGGGGCAACCCUGGUCUGGCGGGAUCUGUGUGUCUACACCAAUGUGGGAUCUGGCCACAAAAUGAAGCGCAUAAUUAACAACUCGACGGGAGCGGUGCAGCCGGGUUCACUGAUGGCUUUAAUGGGUGCAAGUGGCUCUGGGAAGACAACGCUAAUGUCAACGCUCGGCUAUCGCCAGCCAGCUGGCACUGUGGUUCAAGGUGAUAUACUGAUUAAUGGACGUCGCAUUGGACCCUUUAUGCAUCGCAUCAGUGGCUAUGUGUAUCAGGAUGAUCUCUUCAUAGGAGCACUCACUGUACAGGAGCAUCUCAACUUUAUGGCUCAUCUUCGUUUGGAUCGUCGCGUUUCGAGCGAGGAGCGUCGUCUGAUCAUCAGGGAUCUGCUGGAGAGAACCGGCUUGCUCUCUGCCGCCAACAGUCGCAUUGGCAGCGGCGAUGAUAAGAAGGUUCUCUCCGGCGGGGAGCGUAAACGUUUGGCCUUUGCCGUCGAGCUGCUCAACAAUCCCGUAAUUCUGUUCUGCGAUGAACCCACCACGGGCUUGGACUCCUACAGUGCCCAACAAUUGGUGGCCACGCUGCAUGAGUUGGCACAAAAGGGCACUACCAUAUUGUGCACCAUACACCAGCCGAGUUCACAGCUCUUCGACAACUUCAACAAUGUCAUGCUCCUGGCAGAUGGACGUGUAGCCUUUACAGGUUCCCCUCAACACGCUUUGAGCUUCUUUUCGGAUCAUGGUUACUACUGUCCGGAGGCGUAUAAUCCGGCGGACUUUCUUAUUGGCGUCUUGGCCACAGAUCCCGGCUAUGAGCAGGCUUCCCAACGCUCCGCGCAGCAUUUGUGUGAUCAGUUUGCGGUCAGCUCGGCGGCCAAGCAGCGGGACAUGUUGGUCAAUCUGGAGAUACACAUGGCACAGUCCGGCAAUUUUCCUUAUGAUACGGAACUGGAUUCGUUUCGAGGUGUUGCCUGGUACAAGCGCUUCCAUGUGGUUUGGCUGAGAGCCACGUUGACGUUGCUCAGGGAUCCCACAAUACAGUGGAUGCGGUUUCUGCAGAAGAUGGCCAUGGCUUUAAUCAUUGGCGCCUGCUUUGCGGGCACAACGGAGUUGAAUCAACUUGGAGUGCAGGCUGUGCAGGGCACUUUGUUUAUUAUGAUAUCGGAGAACACGUAUCAUCCCAUGUACUCUGUGCUUAAUGUGUUUCCUCAGGGAUUUCCGCUAUUCAUGCGCGAAACACGCUCCGGUUUAUACACUCCGGCGCAUUAUUAUGUGGCGAAUAUACUGGCAAUGCUGCCUGGCAUGAUUAUUGAACCCUUGCUAUUCGUGGUCAUCUGUUAUUGGAUCACAGGAUUACGUGCCACAUACUAUGCCUUUGGCGUAACGGCAAUUUGUGUGGUGCUCGUGAUGAAUGUGGCCACCGCCUGUGGUUGCUUCUUCUCGACGGCCUUCAACUCGGUGCCCUUGGCCAUGGCCUAUUUGGUGCCCCUUGAUUAUAUAUUCAUGAUUACGUCGGGCAUCUUUAUUAAAAUUAGUUCCUUGCCAGUGGCAUUUUAUUGGACGCAAUUUCUAUCCUGGAUGCUCUAUGCCAAUGAGGCGAUGACAAUUGCCCAAUGGUCCGGCGUGCAGAACAUAACCUGCUUCGAGGAGAGCGAGGACUUACCUUGUUUCCAUACUGGCCAGGAUGUCCUGGACAAGUACAGCUUCAAUGAGGCGAAUCUGCAGCGCAAUCUGUUGGCCAUUUUGGCCAUCUACUUUGGUUUCCACAUCCUUGGAUAUUAUUUCCUUUGGCGUCGCGCGCGCAAAAUCUAAAAAUCUCUUCGAAAUUUCUGCGUAUUUUAGUCCUGUUUAUUCGUGUUCAUUGCUGUUUAUCCAUCUGUUUACUGUAAAUAAACUUAAUCUCGUUAACAAUUUCAA